UGGAUCUGUGUCACAUGCAGGAGAUGUAAACACAGCUGAGUUGCUGGUGCUCUUCUGGUCAGAAGCUCUCCCAGUCUGCACACCACGAUGAUCUCCAUCACCUCCAUCCUGCUCGGUCUGGGAGGAAAAUGUCUGCUAAACUGGACACUGGUCGUUAUCCAGAGGAGCCGAUUUCACCAAAGCUUCCUGGGAGUUUUCAGCAUUUCCCUUGCUAUUGUGGACACAGCCCUGACCCUCUUUGUCAUCACUGUUCACCUCCACACUGAUGGUUUUUUCCUCCUCCUCGGCUUGAAGCUGACCCGGUUUCAUGUGUGUUUGCUGGUUCAAAUUCUUGGACAAGUCUACAGCACUCUGCAGUGGCCUGUUGUAGUCUUGACCAGUUUGGACCAUUUCUGCUCUCUCACUCAGAGAUUUCAACCUAACAUAGCAAGAACCAAGAUGGCAAGAUGGUUCGUCCACCUAUCUGUGACCUGCCUCCUGUGGUUUCACACUGUUCUUUAUGUUUUCCUGCUGUCUGACUUCAAUCCUGUCUUAGAAGAUGUGCCUUACAACCAGAUUUACCAGUGCUGGGUCUUCAACACCUCUCAGAUCCUGCAGAUUGCCAUGUUCCUCCUCCUGCUUCUCGUCUUUGCAGCAUUUCAUGCUGGGUGCAUCACACGUAAAGUGAAAGACCAAAACACAGACCAAAGAAAAACACUCUCCAGGAAAAAUGUUGUUUGCCAAGCCCUGCUUAUUUUCCUGAACACCUGGGCAUGGUUUCUGUUUUUUCUUUCUGUGAUCCUCCUGCUGCCUGUGGGAAUACCUACAUACCUGGGUCUGAACGUUGCCUGGUUGAGUUUCCUCAACAGCACCCUGAUAGCAGUCCUUUUAUGUGCAGUCUGUCCAGCCUCACAGCUUGCACAGGGCUUGCCAGCAGUUCUUCCCGACAGCUUCUGUGAGUGGAGAUUUAAAUUUAGCUUGGCUUCAGAGGGCAGUACGUGCACUUUGCAAAUACACACAGGACACAGGGAGGAAGAAGUGAAAAGUAAUGAACUAACCUGA